ACACAAAACACACAAAUAAGUGAUACAGCGUGCCUCUUAACCCUCAAACCAUCUGCGGAGACGGAGUACAGGCAGAGGAAGAAGCAGCGGCGGAAUAAACAACAAAAGCGCUAAGCAGCGGCAAACAUGGCGACUGAAAUCGAUGAGCUCAUUGAGCAGCUGAAGACAACCAGCGUGAGUGCGGGCAACAGCCAGACAACGAAUCUGCUGUGCGAAAUCUCAGCCACCAAGGACCCCAAGUUGUUUGACAAGCACGAGCUGGCCGAUUGCUUUCUGGAGCUCACCCAAAGCGAGGACACGAAUGUGCGCAAGGAGGCGGCCAAGUGCAUAGCGGAGAUCACCAAGUCCGAGGUGCAGCGCAAAAAGUUCACCAAGCGAGACAUAAUUGCCGCCUUUUUGAAUUGCCUGCGGCAGGUGCCGACGCCGGAUGGCAGCAUGGAGCUGCCCAUACAGAUCUGUCGAGCGUUGGGCAACAUUUGCUACCUGAAUGACGAGGCGCGGGAUCUCAUACUGGAGCUGGAGGGUGAUGCGGUGCUGCUGCAGCUGCUCGACAUUGCCAGCAUCGAGGAUGUGGCCAAUGCGGCGCAGUUCAUCAAGGUGCGCGGGGGAUUGCUCUCAAAUUAUUUGCUGGGCGGCGAGGGGCUGGCCAAGCGUGCCAUGGAGCUGGGCGUGAUGAAGAAGCUGCAGGCAAUGAUUGCCACGGGGGCCUCCAAUGUGGAAGUGCAUGAGGAUUUGCUGCUGAACACGCUGCCGCUGCUCAGCAUUCUCACGGAGAAUGUGGCGGAUCUGAACUUUGAGGCAACGCUGAACAUUCAGCUGUCGCGCAUUUUGGCUGCGUCCACCAAUCCGGAUCUGGCGGAGAUGUGCCUGGAGCUGCUGCACUACCAAGCAGAGAGCGAUGAGGUGAAGCUGCUGCUGGCCAAGGAUGGACUCUGCGAGACGAUCUACAAUCUGCUGGAGAAGUACAAGACGCUGGCGAGCACCAGCGAGGCGCGGGCACUGAUGAAGCUGGCCUGCGAGUUGAUUGUGCUGAUACUCACGGGUGAUGAAUCCAUGCACUAUCUAUAUACGACAACGUUGCUCAAGAACAUGGUCGACUGGCUGGACUCGUCGGACAUUGAUCUGCUGACCACCGGCGUGCUGGCCUUGGGCAACUUUGCGCGCACCGACAGCCACUGCAUUUACUUUGUGGAGCAGCAGACCAUGAACAAGCUGCUCGAGGUGCUGGCCAAGAAUAAUGGCGUCAAGGACGAUGUCCGUCUGCAGCAUGCGCUGCUCAGUGCGUUGCGUAAUUUGGUAAUACCCAAGCCGAACAAGAAUGCGGUGAUCCAGGCGGGUCUGGUGCAAACGAUUCUGCCCAUGCUGGAGAUCCAUCAGCCACCGGUUGUGUUCAAGCUGCUGGGCACGCUACGCAUGACAGUCGAUGGGCAGGAGAAACUCGCUUUGGAGCUGCUGAAGAACAAGACGCUCAUCGAGCAGCUGGUGCACUGGAGCAAAUCCUCCGACUAUGCAGGGGUUACUGGCGAGUCGCUGCGUCUGAUGGCCUGGCUGAUUAAGCACGCGUAUCUCAGCAAGAUUGCCUAUGCGCUGCCGCGCAAGGGCGAUGCCCCAGCCGAACAAAUAGCGGACAGGAUACCCCUCACCCAGGACUAUGAUCGCACGAGUUUGAGUCAGUUUCUGGCCAACGAGGGCACCGUGGAGGCCAUGGUCAGCAUGCUCACAGCCCAACAUUUGGUCAUGCAGAAUGAGGCGUUGAUUGCGCUGUGCAUCCUGUCGGUUGUGUAUUUGUCGCAGGCAAAUCAAGCGGGCCAGCAGCAGGCGCAACGACUGCAGGAUGAGCUGAUCAAGUACGAGGUGGGCAAGAAGCUGGCGGAGCUCAUAAGCAAAUCAUCGGACAGCAUGACCAAGGAGAUUGUUGAGAAUCUGCAGAAUUGUGUGAAUCUGUUGAAGUCUUCCGAGCAGCUGGUGGCACAUCUCGAUCAGCAUAACAUCAAUGAGCUGCUGAAAUCCAUACCCAUACUCACCGAAUACUGCACGUUGUAAUAGCAGCCAAGCGGGAGAGAGCGCGUGGCAUUGCAUUUAGUUCAAGCACCGCAGUAUGCCUAGAGGAAUAAGGACAUAAGGAGGAGCAACGAUUCAGUUUUAGACUUGAUUGUGGAAGCAGCGCAGAUUGGGGAAUGUAUUUUUUAGACGCAAGCAUAUUUUGACUGCAUUUACGACAGCAAACCAACGAGGAGCCCGAUUAGGAGGAGCAGCAGCAGCAGGCGGUGGGAAUGAAUAUUUAUAAUUAUAAUAAUAUUAACAAUUUACAUAAGAAAUUAAUCAUUUUUUAGCAUACAAAACAAAAAUCUUUUCUGUUACAAAUGAUUUUUAAGAGCACAAUAACAACAAAUCGUGGUGAUAUCGCUAAAUAUAUAUUUAAUAAAUGUAUUUUAUGUGUAUUGUACUUAUAAUUUUUAAUUGAACAAAAAAACAACACACAAUUUUAACCAAAAAACAAACAAAAAAACACAAUUUGCGAGCACAAAUGUAGUUUUUAGAUAUUUUUAAAUUGCAACAAAAAUCUUCAAGUAUUUAAUUGUGAACACAACAAUUUUUUAAAGGCAACUUUUAAACACACAACAACAACAACAACAAAAGUAACAGCAACUCAAUAACAAUCAAGUAAAUCACAAAAAAUAUAAAAUACAAAAAAACAAAUAGUUGAAGUCCCAAAAAAUAAAUAGAAAUAUAAUGCAAAUUUUACAGAGCGUAGGAUUUAAAAUUUGUAACACUUAUAAAAUUAUUAAACAAAUUGUUUGGCUCACA